AUGCCAGUUCUGAAGGAUCAUUAUUACAGAUUAGCAUCUGAAGUUCCUCAGGAAAGAAUCGAAGCUGCUACAACAUUGCUUCAGGAAUUAACACAAGUAAAUGAAAAUGAUGAAUGGAACUAUGCUUUAAAUAGAUUAAUUAAAGGGUUAACAAGUUCCAGACAGAGUGCCAGAUUGGGAUUUUCUAUGGCCUUAAUUGAAGUUUUACGUGAAUUGGUCGAGAAAGAAGAGCAUGAAUUAACUGUUUCCACAUUCUUAGAGCAGGUUUUGAAAUUGAGUCAAGUAAAAUCGUCGAUGAAAGGUAAAGAAGAGAGAUCUGUGUUGUUUGGUAGAUUAUUUGGUUUGCAAGUGUUAUUAAAUUCUCAAUUAUUAUUCAAUGAAAAGGUUUCAUCUUCAGAACAGUUGUGCCAAUUUGUUGAUGUAUUGGUUGAAUUAUCUAGCAUCAAAUCAUGGUUACGAGAAACUUCAAUCUUUACUUUAUGCCAAUUUAUUGGUUUAUUGAAAGGAAAUUCAAACGAAGAAGAGGCUCUUGUGCAUAUACUACAAAAAAUCAACGAGGUUGGUUUGAAUUUAACCACUGAAGGUAUUGCUGUAUAUUUGUCAAUUCCUCAACAAAACCGUGAGAUUUAUGCCAGUAAAAUUGUCGAUACAAAACCAAAUUGGAAAAAUGGAGAUCCUUUCUCAAAGGGAAACUUACCAACUUUAUCAAAGGCCUUAAAGGAUGUGGAAGUUGUUGAUCCUGAAAACGAUGGAAAUGAAACUCCAAAGUCGAAGAAUGGUAAUUCAAAGCAAAAGGGUAGUUGGAGUCCUAGAAUACAUUUUGUAUGGGACAUAAUAAUCCAAAAUUAUAAUAUGCAUAGUGUUGGAGAUGCUGUUGAUAAUGAAAAUGAAACUUCCAACUCAAAGAAACGUAAAAAAACGCUGUCCAAAUCUUCGAAAAAACAAAAAAUUGCAGAUGGUAACGAAAUCCCACUAAAAGAAUUCUGGAAGGUUGUUGUCGAUGAAACUUUAUUUGCUGAUAAGUCUUCUCACGAAAGAAAAUACUGGGGAUUUGAAAUAUUUAUCAAAUUCUUAACUUCUAUGAAAUCCACUGAAAUUUCUUCAUUAUUCACCCAGAAUUUCAUGAGAUGUUUAAUUAACCAGUCUUCACAACAGAAUCGUAUAUUGAAUAAAAUUUCUUCAAAGGUGUUAAAUAUAAUUAUUGAUAAUUCGAAUAAGGAUUUUACGAAAGCCCCAAUUAUCCUUGAGUGUCUUAUUGACGAAUCAAAAGGUGGUUGUUGGAACUUUGAUUUAGUUACUAAAUCUAAAUGUACUGAUCGCUUAAUUGCAGUUUUAAAUGGAAAAGAGGAUAUUAACAGCAUCGAAGUAGACUUAGUGUUAAAUCAGUUUAAGGAUGUCUUGAUCUCUAAAUUCAAUAAUGCAUUGGCUUCUCAAGAUGAAAGCGAGAGCGAUAUUGAGGUUAUGAAAAAGUCUAAUGAUAAUAUACAGAAAUGGGCUUUAGACAAGUUAUUGCUUCUCUUCAGAUCCAACAAAAUAUUACUUUCAGAUGCAAAAAUUAAUUCCAAAUGGUUAACCAAAAUCUUAAAAUUAUUAAUUCAACACUCAUUUUUAAAAAAAUAG